AUGGUCUCACAACAUGACAGAGAGCUGUUUCGCAACGAUAUACGCUCUCGAGGGACGAAACUCAGUGCUGCUGACCGCGAAAGCAUCUUGAGGCCAUAUCUUCCAGACCCCUCUGACCUCCAACGGCGGCCUACUCAACGGCACAAAAAAGCUCACCGCAAGGCUCCUGUACGGACUUUCUUAAAGACACAAAUCCACCAUAUCGUCUACACCUUUGUUCACAUCUUCUUUGGAAUCAUCACUCGGCUGAUCCAAAGCUAUCAAGCCGUUGUGCACCGGAUAUGUGCGAUCAUAUAUUACCACCACCGAACACCUGAAUUAAUCCGGAAGGAUGUCAAAGGUCUUAAACGAUUACCGGAGCACUUGAGUGUCAUUCUUUCAAUUCGUAAGGAAGAUGACGCCCUCGCUGUUUUGAUGGACGAAGUUGCGGAACUUGCAGCCUGGAGUGUCAGCUCAGGAAUACCAGUGCUGAGUGUGUAUGAAAGGAGCGGGGUUCUGAAAUCCUGCAUUCCUAUCCUUCACCAAGCUAUCACGAACAAAAUGUGUUCCUAUUAUGGCUCUCCUAUUCAACAACCGAGGUUGCGACUAUUCGCACCCCAUCACCCUGUCUAUGACCAACCACAACAAGGCGGUUGUAUGGUUCGCAACAAUAAUGAGUCCUUAACAGUGCUUUUGCUCUCUGCCACUGAUGGCAGGGAAACAUUUGUUGACCUGACUAAAACUUUGGCGGAGAUGUCCCAGAGCGGGAAACUCUUGCCUGAAGAUAUCACCAUGGAACUGGUCGAUGCAGAAAUUAGCGAGAUCACUACUCAGCCGACUCGACCAAGCUCGCCAACUUCGGAUGAGAAUAAAAGGAUUUCUGAUCAAAUAAAGCUUGUUGCAAAGCCUGAGCCCGACCUUCUCUUGGUGUUUGGUCCUUUCCUGAGGCUCGAUGGCUACCCCCCCUGGCACAUUCGAUUGACCGAAAUGUUUUGCACUGGUGGUAGAAGCAGCGGAACAAACACUUCUGAAGCAGUUGAAUAUCACGGCUUCCUACGGGGACUUUGGCACUAUGCUGGUGCUCAGAUGAGGUUUGGCCGUUGA